AUGGUUGGUGCCAAGCCGUGUUCUACAACUAUUGGUUUUGUUAAAUUGGAUCACAGUGAGGACCUUCUUCCUGAUCCCACCUUUUAUCUGUCCAUUGUGGGUGCAUUACAGUGUAUUACUUGGACUCGGCGAGACAUAUCUUUCAUUGUGGGGCAACUUUGUCAGUUUAUGCAUUCUCCUCACCUCCCUCAUUUUCAAGCUACCAAGCUUUUAUUACGAUAUCUUAAAGGUACCAUUGAUCAAAGGUUGCUUUUUAAGCCUGGCACACCUACUCUUCAAGCAUUUUAUGAUGCUGACUGGGCUAGUGGCCCAUUUGAUCGUCGCUCUACCAGUGGCUUUUGCGUUUUCUUUGGUCAUAACUUGAUCUCCUGGUCCUCUAAGAAGCAUCCUAUUGUUGCUCGUAACUCCACCGAAGUCGAAUAUCGUUCUCUUGCUCACACGUCUGCUGAACUCAUCUAG